AUGUCAGUUUUCAGCAAAGGUGUAUUGCCCGAUCUCUCUGCAUGGUCGACUUACGACAAUCACGACUAUACGGCCUUCCGUCUUGCAGAUGUCGAAGCAUGGGUUGCGCACCACCUGGAUGACUGGCUAAGCGAUGCCAUAAUGAGUGAAAAGGCAUGCUCCGAACUCUCUGACCUGAUGACAACCUAUGAGAGAAUUGCUACAUCGAUUUACAGCAAAAACCCUGAAGGAAGGUCAAACAUGGUUCUUGUCUUGAUUGAACUCUGGAUUGCGUGCGACAAAAUAGCAACAGUCCAGAUCCCACUGCUGGAGCAGUAUGACCCUUGCGUUCCUGCAGGACUGUUUGAGUCUCUUCUGCUGCCCUUCCGGGAGCAAAUGGCCAGACUAAACAAGGCAGAGGAAUACCUAGAACAACGGUGCCGCGAAGCCAACCAGUUGCUCCCCUCUGUUUUCAGCUCGUUCGGCGACCACCAGUCCUUCGCCGUACGGUUCUAUAACCAAUCGACAGACCACCAGAAUCUGCUGGCUGAGAUCGAGGCUAUGGCUGCGAAACAGCGCGCAGAUAAGAUCGCCGAGCUUUCCGAUGUUCAGGCAAAGUAUUGGCACCUUCACACACUUUUUGAGGCAGAACGCUGUCAAUAUGUCGAGCUAUGGACCAAACGAGGGCUUUAG